AUGGAUAAUCUUGAUCCAAAUGUUGCCAGACAUUUGACAUUGAAAAAGUGCGAGGAACGCAUCGAUGAUAUCAAUAAUCAAAUAUGGAUUCCUGAUGAGAUGCUCGGUUAUCGACUGGUCACCGUCAUCGAUGAGGGCCUCUCAGACGUUCUCGUCGGGUUUCGCGAUGACCAAGGGUUUUUCGAAAAGAAACGAAUCGAUAAAAAGGAUUGCCAAGUGCCGAGUCUCAACAAUUACUCGGAUGACUUAUGCACGUUGACUCAGCCGAAUGCAGCUACAGUACUCCACGCCCUCAAUCUACGGUAUACGAACAAUGUCAUACAUACCUAUUGCGGCUUGUUUUGUGUCGUUAUCAAUCCUUGGAAGAAUAUUCCGAUUUAUAGCGACGAAAUCAAAAGUCUCUAUCAAAAUUGCUGCGAAAUGCCGCCGCACGUGUAUACGGUAGCACAGAAUACAUUGCAUGGAAUACUGAAAGGAGGAAGGAAUCAAUCGAUUCUGAUAACAGGAGAAUCCGGUGCAGGAAAAACCGAAAACACGAAGAAAAUCAUCGAUUUCAUAUUAAAAUCAAGUGGAUCGAAUAAUACUAUUGGUGAACAUGUAGUGACGAGUGGCGUGAUUUUAGAAGCUCUAGGAAAUGCGAAAACUGUGCACAAUAAUAACAGCUCCAGAUUUGGAAAGUUUAUUCGCAUCGAAUUCGAUGAAGACUCGAAGCUAAUCGGCGGCAAAAUUGAAUGCUCUGCUCGACAAACCCUCGACGCUUUUAAUAAAAUUGGGUUCAGCGAGGAGGAGAAAAUCUGGAUGUUCCAGGUGUUGUCUGCAAUUAUCUGGAUCGGUGAUAUAAAAUUUGGUGAACGAAGUGGAAUGGAUUUGUCUUUUGUCGAGAGCAUGCAAGAAGUUAACAAUAUCGCCGAAUUGUUGGAAUUGAAAAGCUCGAAAUUGGUGGAUGCAUUGACACAGCCGACAAUUCGAGUUCACGACAAGUUGAUUCGAAAGAAUCAGAAUUUGGCAAAGACACUCAACUCAGCUUCUGCAAUGGCAAAAGUUCUAUAUGAGCGCUUAUUUUCGUGGGUCGUCCAGAAAUGCAACGACGCGUUUUCGGUGGAAGACACCGGAAAAAACUAUUUGACAACUCGAUUUAUUGCUGUUUUGGAUAUCGCCGGAUUUGAGAUUGUCGACAAAAAUUCAUUCGAACAGUUUUGUAUUAAUUAUACAAAUGAGAAGCUUCAGCAAUUUUUCAAUCACUUCAUGUUUGUUAAGGAGCAAAGUGAUUAUCUUGAUGAAGGGAUCAAAUGGAAUCAAGUGAAUUUCGCGAAUCAUCUUCAACCAACAAUCGAUCUUAUUGAAAAACCAAUGGGAAUUCUGUCACUAUUGGAAGAGGAAUGUGUGGUCCCGAAUGGAUCGGAGAAAUCUCUUUUGGAUAAAUUAUGCCAAAAUUUAGAGAAAAACGACUCAUUCAAAAAAGCGAAACAAACUCAACGAUGUUCGACAAUUCGCCAUUUUUCAAUUCGUCAUUAUGCUGGAGAAGUUGAUUAUAAUAUCGAUGGAUGGCUUGACAAAAAUCGAGACAACGUUGAGAAUUCGGUGCUUGAGAUUCUCUCGCAGUCCACUCAGCCACUCCUGAAAAUUCUUUUCCCAUCUGGAUCGGCAACUGCGAAUAUUUGCGCCGAUGUUGGAAUGAAGCGAGAAAGAUUCGCGAUUGGAAAAUCGAAAUUUUUCGCCAAAGUCGGAGUUAUUUCAGAACUCGAAAAACAAAGAAACAAUUAUAUAUCUGGAUUUGUCAUCCAAAUUCAAGCAAUUGUUCGAUAUAAUAAUGCUCAAAAAGAUUGCAUUGAAAGAAGAAUGAAAAUGAAUGCGAUUUCGACAAUUCAGCAGAAUGUGAGACAAUUCGCCGAAUUAUCACAAUGGCCAUGGUAUCGCAUCUACACACUAUCAAGAGGAUUAAUUCCAAGGAAUAGAGAAAAGAAAAGAAUCGAAGAACUUGAAGGAGAGAAAAAGAAAUUGUUAAGCGAGAUUGAAGUGCUCAAUGAGCAAUAUGAACAACGGGUGAAAGAGAACUCGAAAUUGUUCGCGCAACUUGAUGCUGAAAAGAAAGAGAAAGAUCGAAUUAGUGCGAAAGUUCAAGAAAUUGAAAUAGAAAGUCGAAAGAAAAUUGCCGAAAAAGAACGCGAAUUCCGAAAAACACUGGAAGACAUGGAACAGAAUGAAGAGAUUUUUAAUGUUUUGGAAAAGAAAUAUGACGAGCAACGAAAGAAAGUGAUGAAAAUGAACGAUGUGUUGCGUGAUUAUGAGCGGAAAAUUGAGCAAUUAACUAUGACUAAUAAUGAUAUUGAAGCGGAAAAUAUCAAGCUGAAAGAAUUGGCGAAUCGCAAUUCGAGUAUGCACGAUGAAUUGCAUAAGGAAUUAGCUGAGAAGACGUCAAACGUCGACAGUCUUCAGGCUCAAGUUCAGCGACUUUUGCAAGAAAACAAUGAGCAAAAAUUGACAAUUGCCAAACUUGAAAAUUCACUUGAAGAUGAGAAAGCUCGAAUGGUGCGUCUGAAUGGAAACAUCGGUGAUCUCCAGAAGCUGGUCACAGAACUCAAUGAUAAAAUCGCUCGUCUCGACGGUGUCGCGCUGGGUGAGAAGAAUGCGACGAGAAAAAUCGAACGCGAAAAAGAGAGACUGAACGAUGAACUGAACGCUGCGAAAGACGUCAUUCAGAAGCAGGCGAAAAAGAUUGACGAUCUUAAAGACGAGUGCCGAAACCGCGCGAAUAUCAUAUCGAAACUGGAAAAAAAGUUGGAAGAUAAGGAGGCGAUGAUGGCUGAUUGUGUGAAGGAAUUGAAGACAACACACAAAGAACGUGUCAAAGAACUCGAACAGAAAGUCGAAGAGGUCAAGAGGAAGAAUUCGAAGCUGGAAAAUGAGAACACGAGCCAAAAGAGCCAAAUUGAGCAGUUCCAAAGAGAAUCAUCAGUUGAUUCCGAUUAUGGAAGGUCAAGUUCAGGAAGACUCAGCAAUAUUGGAAGACAAUAUUCAUUAACAUCGAUUGGCUCAUUUUCAUCAAUUCGGACUAUUGGAUUACGAAGGAAAGAUUCCGAAUCUGAUAUGUCGGCGUCGAUGUAUUCUUUGAGAAGAAGGGAUUCGUUAUACGACAGUAUGUCGCAGAGUGUCACAUCUCCACCGAGUCUUCAACGAUCACCUUCGACAUCACAAGUCAUGGAAAAGGAGCGAAGGAUAAUGGAACUUGAAAGAGAAAAGGCUGCAAUUAACACGGAUCUACAAUUAGUUAAGCGAGAGCUCGAUGUGUACAAAUCGCAGUUAUCAGCUGUUGAAUCUGAAAAAGAAUCAUUACAACAAACAGUUCGAAAGCAGGCGACACAGAUUCAAGAAGUCACGAGGCAGUUCAAUUCAGCAGAGAAGAACGCAGAUAGUUUGGCUCUUCGCUUAAAGAAAGCAAUAGCAGAUUGCGACGAAUGGAAAAGGAAACAUGAGAAUAGUAUUCGAGAAAGCAAGGAUGAAAUAUUAGCAGAACGGAGGAGAGCGUUGGAAAGAGCCGAAGCUUCGGAGAAAGAGACGGAGCUCAAAUUCAGUAGAAUUGCCACAAUCGAGAAUGCGAAAACCGAAUUGAGCGCCGAAUUGGCGAGAACGCAAUCAGAGUUGGACAGAUGUCGAGCAAUUAUCAGUCAAUUAGAAGAGAACAUCAAAAGCCAGGAAACAUUGGGCGACAGUUUCGAGAGUCAGCAGAGGAAUAUGAACUUUGAAAUUGAAAGCCUUCGCGAUGAGAACUGUGCGUUGAAAGCGAAGAUUCGUCGACAAUACAAGCAAAUCGAACUGCUAACGCAACAAGACGAAACGAACGACGAGUUGAACCACUUUGAAAAUAAAAUUGACAAGUUUCUCUCGUAG